AUGGAAGGCAAUGGCGAGAUCAGUGAUACUGAUAGUGGAAUCAUUCUUCACUCUGGCUCAGACAGCCCAACAUCGCAUACCAAGGAUGUGAGUACACACACAAGAGCCAUGAAGCUCAAGCAUCAGGCGCUUCAAGACCGACUUGAACUGUGCCUCCUAGAGCUGAAGAAACUCUGCAUUCGUGAAGCAGAGCUGACAGGUCAGCUCUCAGGAGAUUAUCCACUACAGCCAGGAGAGAAGCCUCCACAGAUCCGGAGACGCAUUGGAGCGGCUUUCAAACUGGAUGAGCAAAGCAUCCCUCAGGGAGACUCUGCCCUAAAUCUUGUGGAUGCUGAGUUGGCGCUUCAAUUUAAGAUCUACGAGGCGGCACGCAAACUUUGUGAGGAGAACCACCUGAGCAAGGCUGUUAGAAAGAGUCGCUUGGAGCAGUAUAAGCGAGAGGAGAAGAAACUCAAAAUCCUCCAAGAGACCGCUUUCCAGUUGCGGCUGGAACACGGCCGAUCCUCACCACUUCCUGCUUUUAAUAUACCGCAACAUGAUCUUGCUGCGUCUGAUGACAGCUCUUUGUCUGAUUCACUUGUCCAAGAUGAAGAAAUGACAAGAGAGUCUUCACAGCCACCCGCUGCGUCUUCGAAUUCCUACAUAGACGGUUCCUACCGGUCACCGUCUAAGGGUCCUCCAAACCUGCCUUUGACGCCAAGCUCAUCUCCCCAUCCCAGCCUUGACUCUUCUGUGAGUUUCAACUCAAGCCCCGCAAAUGACUUGCCUCCUAUCCAGCACUCCCCGUGGUCGGAGACAAGCCUGGACCAGCCAUACCAGAAGAGCAAAAAGUCACGUUCUUCCUGCAAAGCCAGUCCAGCCAAGAGUGAGGUACUUCCACCACUGGAGGCUUGCUUGCCAAUUUCUGCUCUGCCACAGCAACUGUCCCAUAUGAAACUGAGCCGCACACAGUCCAGCAGCAUGCCUACCACGCCGGAAAUGCGGGUGCACAGGCAACUGUCUCUCAGGAUAUCCAACCCUGAAUCUCCUCAUGGACCGGACAAGGACCGUGGUCGCUCUAGAGGUCCCAGAAGACGACUGACAGAUUACAUCACAACUCCAUCAGAAGCUCCUUCGCUCAUGUUUAGUCAAGUAAACCAUACGGGUUCUGAGGAUAGCAACUCUGAGUACUCAUUUGCAUCCUACAGCAGCUCCCCCAGUCGGGACCGGACUUGUGAUUUGCCUAAACACUAUCAGGUCGCCUCACCGCUCUCUGCUCCAUUUGGUAACUGUGGACCUGAAGCUUCCCCAAUUUCUGGAUAUUACCACAGUCCCCGACACCAGUCCAAUCCAGGUGUCCACAAAGCCUAUUACAAUGAGGAAGUUGUUUACCCUCCGUACGUGGACAUGCCAUGGAGUUAUUACGCCUACCGGAGUCCGUGUACACCCAGCAGAUAUGAAUACCGCUACAAAGAGGCUCCUGUGCCCAUGCAGAGGCAUUUGGCUCCUGAUCGCAGACACUCCCCCACAGCACAAUGGGAUCAUCCACAGUACCGCUCCAACUGCCUGCCACGGCAAGUGGUGAACGAACAGUUGAAAUCGUGGCACCGGCGCAGUCAGCUCAAAGGACCCAGGUCCCGUUCUCUUGAUAGACAGGGAGCAGUCCGGGUGAAAAACAUGGCAGCGCUGGAGGCAAUCAGAUAUAAAAAUCAGAAAUCUCAAGAGCAGGACAUCCAAAGAAAAGCUCUUCAAUUAUCUGCAGACGACUCUCAAGGACACUGGGUUGUAGAUGAUGGUACUCACUACAUUAGUCAAGUAUGA